GGUGCGCGAGCGCUGGUGUGGCGUAGGAGCCGCGCUCUGACUGAAGAGAAGGCGAAGCGGCGGUUUUGGGGUCUCGUCUCGUCAUGUUCCAGGGCCCCGAGACCGACUGGGCGAAACCGAGCUCGAGGGGGAUGAAACCGCCUGGAGGGGACUCCAGCAACCCCUUUGGAUGCCCAGAAGAAGUCUCAUCCCCUCUCAAGCCACACAGAAUGGCAUCCAACAUCUUUGGAGCAACCGAAGAACCUCAAAACAUCCCAAAGAAAACAAAUCCUCCAGGUGGGAAGGACAGCGACAUUUUUGGGGGCCAUAGACCUAACCCUUCUCGACAUCUUACAAAUCCACCCGGUGGCAAAACGAGCAAUAUCUUUGGGUCUCCAGAACCCUUCAGCACUGUCAGAGCUCACCCAAACAAGCCUAAGGAUCACAUUAUGCUGUGUGACAGAGGGGAUGCACCCCAGGAACGAAAACCAAAAGCUCCCGAAGACCAAAGACCACAGGUGGAAGACACAUACGAGCCGCAGAAAGAGACUCCCAAAGAGCCCGGACCCAAGACAGAAGACCACGAGCCUAGGCUGGGGCCACGACCACGUUCACACAACAAAGUCCUUAACCCCCCCGGGGGCAAAUCCAGUCUUUCAUUCUACUAGGGGGGCGAAGCCCUCCCUCUUCCCUAAUGGAGUCAGCACAGAAAUACGACCUGAGUGUUCAAAGGCAGAACCCAAAGGCUAGUCUUGUGGUGCUUGCAGAAGGAAGCACUUAGUGGUUUGGCUGAUUGCGGGCAGAAAUCAGGCUGUGCCUCUUUGCUUUAAAGAUAUAGACCAGACUUCGGAGAGUAUGUUUCUAGCCCAUUCACUGCUGUUGAUUUCUGGCCUUGCAACGGGUUGUAAUGAAGAUUAUUUUCUUGAUGCUUGGAUUGGAUAAUGCAGCCUAGAGGAAAUUUAUCUGCACUAGACAGACCGGAAGUGGGUAGGCUUGGCCUGAACUCUGAAGUUCUAUCUGAACUGUGAGUCUUGUAGAAAAAUUG